AUGGUGUUGGAUACUAAUCUCAAAUUGCAGGCUCAAACACCACAGCAGAGAAAAGCCAAUGAGAGGUAUGCAAAGCAUGAAGCCUCAAAGCGUGGCAAAGGAGGGGUGAUGGCGAAGCCAAAACAGCACUCACGGUCUCCAGUAUCUACUGGCUGGAUUGUCAUCCUUGCGUUUGUUGUUUGUGGUGGAAUAUUUCUCGAAUUACUGGGGAUUGUGCCUCGGUUAUGGUCCGCUCUUGUUACGAACUUUAGUCAGUUGUUGCAGUAG